AAGCGCGUGACUGCUAUCAGUAGUUAAGUGAAAAGCGUGUGGGGUAAAAGUGUCUGAAACGUCCACUUGAUGUCAAGUGACAUCAUCCAUGGGGGGAAAAUGAUACUGCGGUUGCUGAUGUGACCCCGGUUCUAAUGUUUUGACCCCUUGCCGCCAUGUUUGAUGCCAUCCGAUGGUCUUGCGUGUUGUGGUGCUGUGUUGUUUGUGCUGCGGUGAACUUGGACGAAACUUUGGCGCGCUGAAGUUGUUUAUGGUACUUCGCCGAAUCUCCGAACUGCGGUGAGCUGUUAAUCCUUCUGUGAGAAAUUGUCUGUGAUCUAUUAUUUUAUAACUAUUGCUAUACUGAUUCUAUAUUUUACGUUUGAACUGAUUGCAAGAUUUUCUAUUGACUGUCAUGAUAUUUUAUUUUGAAAAAUGAAGCUUUAUUUAAUUCUCCGAUGAAAAUGCAGCAAUUGCAUUAAUUAUAAGUACUGAAUAAUUAUUGGAAGAACUAUUAUCUGCCGUUAACGAAAAACUUUUGAUAAAAAUUGUUUUGAUUAGAAAAUUUGUGCGCUUUCAGUAUCAAAACUGUAAUCAUAUAUGUUCUAAUUUUUUCUUAGAAAAUAGGUAAAGAUUUAAUAUCCAAAACGACAUAUAAACAAGUGCAAUAAAUAUAAAAAUAGUGCAAUAAAAAUUCUUUUGCAAUAUUGCAUUAGGGAAGAUUUUUGCUGAUUUAAUUUUACAAUGGCAUCUUGCUAAAUGCCGUUAAAAAAUUAUUCAUGAAAAAAACUUUUUCAUUUUUUUGCAACAGCUUCUAACUAAAAUAAACAGCAAGCCUAGACAAGAGGUUGAAUUAUUCGUUCUGAACAUUUUAUUCUCAACAUUCUGGUGAAAACAGUAUAAAAUAUUAUAAGUGCUAAUCUUACCUUUGGCAAAUUGGAGCCAAGAAACUGAACAACUCCAGCGGAAAAUUUGCGAACAAUUUUUGCCGAACGAUCAACUCUGCAGCAUCGAUUUUCCACAAUCGAACGAACGAACUGAUCGCUGUGUUAUCGGCCGAGCCUCCAAACUGUGAAUAGUGUCUGUCAUCCGCUGAGUGACCGGACUGAUGCUGCUGGUUGGGCCGGACAGCUCUGCGACGGCCAUGCAAGACAUCCAGCCGACGCCUGCCGGAUCGGUUCCGGCAAAUGGGAAGAAUGCUUCAGCCACUGACUUUUCCAUCGCAGCCAUCAUGGCCAGGAGCGCACCGGCUGUCAAAGAUAAAUCAAGUCCGGACGCUGACCUCUUAUACUGGCCAAUGAGGUCACCCUUUGCCUCGGACUCUGAGAGCAGCGGUGGGCCUUCUCCUUCCUGGGACAGAACUCCGGGACAGAAACGAGACCGUUCCACCCCCGCAUCCAGUGUUCCAGAAGAGGACGAAGAACCGGAAGUGGAUGAGGGUAGCGAUGUGAACGAAGAAGCCCCAUCCGAGGAAAAGAGUCCCCGACCGAAGAAGGCUGGCGGCUCCGGGACGCAGAAGGCUCGGCGCUCGUCUUCCGAAGGGUCGGCUUCCUCCGCCAACCCUUACGCAGACACUCUGAAAGGACGCUGCAACUGCCAGGACCUCCUCAGGGUAGACUGCGUUCUCGAGAACAAGGACCUCUGGGAGAAGUUCAACGAGUUGGGCACAGAAAUGAUCAUCACCAAAACGGGCAGGCGAAUGUUUCCCACUCUGAGGGUGUCCUUCUCAGGUGUCGAAACCAUCGACCACCAUCAGCAAGGUGGUUGCAAGUAUUUUGUGCUUAUGGACAUUGUCCCCGUGGAUCAGAAAAGAUACCGGUAUGCCUAUCACCGGUCGUCUUGGCUGGUGGCUGGAAAAGCUGACCCACCCUCUCCAGCACGUCUGUACACACAUCCAGAUUCUUCGUUCAGCACUGACCAGCUCAGGAAACAGGUGGUCUCUUUCGAGAAGGUCAAGCUGACCAACAAUGAGAUGGACAAACAGGGGCAUAUUGUUUUGAAUUCUAUGCACAAAUACCAACCACGAAUUCAUCUGGUGCGACGGAGGAAUACUCACGGUUCUAACAGUCCCAUCACCGAUCUAGAAGCCGAAGAGUACCGGACGUUCGUCUUUCCAGAAACUGUUUUCACGGCAGUGACAGCCUAUCAAAACCAACUAAUUACCAAACUGAAAAUAGACAGCAAUCCUUUCGCCAAGGGCUUCAGAGACUCUUCCCGGUUAACAGAGUUUGACAGGGACACGAUGGAAGCUCUGAUAGGGGACCCUUCCUAUCUUCACUCUCCAUUUCGAGCCUUGUUGGAACAUCCCGAGCGGGAGGACCUCCAAGCGGCUCUAGCAAGAGAAAACCUCCUGGGUCUAAGAUCUCCUUUACUGUCUUGGAAACCUGCGGGACCUUUACCUUCUUUCACGGACACCUAUGGCAUGUUGGCCAAUUUACCAGCAAUGUACGGAAUGAAUCCGAACGCUAGGGCCAUGUGGGCUCAGUGGGGCCCGGCGGGACUCAGCCAUCACUUGGGAUUGCUCUGUGCCGCGAAUGCGGCAAACACACAGCCAUGUGGUGGUGUCUUGAGGCCUACAGCAUCCGCGGAUGCCUAUGGCCUUCACAGAUAUAUGCCGUAUUUCUACGGCGCGAAGAAAGACUCUACGGAAACCACCAAAGACAGUUCUAGCAGCCACACCCCUUAUAGGUGAGAUGACGUGAUUGGUUAUGAAUGGACUUAAAGGUUGCGCUCGCUGGAAUUAGUUGACUGCUUCCAGUGGUUUCUUUUCCUGCUAUUCCUUUGGAAUUAGAACUUUCCCGGUUAUGCAAUGUUUUGGUGACUGUGUGGUUAUACUUCUUUACCGACUCCAGAACCACUUUUCGACUUCGAAGAUUAUUCGGAGGUUUAGCUCUUUAUAAGUAUUGGAAUUGGCAUGUUGUAUCAAUAAGCAAACAAUCAAAUGAUGGAGAGGCCGUGAGUGAAUAAGAUUUCUACUUCAUAAAUCAAAAAACUAUUUAAAGUAAAUUAUUCAUUAACUUGCAAUUUUUUUUUUUUUAAUUUUCAAUCUUUCUGAAACUUUUAUUCAAAGAUUGCAUGAGUAACGGCUUUACCUACAAUGACAAGUUUAACUCGCGUACGCAUUACUGAAUUUUCAAUUUUAAAUCUGCAAUUAAGUGAAAGUAUUAAGUAAUAUAAAUGAAAAAUUACUUUAAAAAAUUAUAAUCUCAAAUGUCAAUUAUUUUGGAAAUUAAAGUAAUGAUAAUUGUCCCAAAAUAGGAUGUGUCAAGUAAAUGGAUAGUUAAGCGAAUUCGCUAUGUCAAGGGGUUAAGUAAAAAUCUUUUUACUCAAAUGCUGAUACAAUAUAACGAAACACGUGCACGAAGAAAAGUAUGGAGCAGUAUAAGAGUACUGUAACGUAUAAACGUUCAAGAGUUACUGCAGAAAGGAAUAAUGACAUUUAUAUCCAGAGGUCAAUAUUAACCUUCUCCAAGCCUUAUUUAUCAUUUGAUUGUUUGCUUUUUACUCUCUAAUAUUGUAGUAAAGGUGCUUUCUUGUGCUUCCAGUUGGAAGACGAACUGAACUGAAAUAAGAUAAAUGUACAGUUUUUACUAGAAAGAAAGUGAAAUGAAUUUAAAUAUUCCGUUAAAAUUUGUUUUGAUGCUGGCGUCAGAAAUUGCAAUUUUUUCGAUUUAUAUUGAAUUAUAUAUAUUAAAAAUAGACUCAAGCACAUUUUCGAAAACUUAUGCACAAUUCAUUGAAACUUUCAGCAGAAUCAAAAUUUAGAUUACCUUUUAUUACUAAUUAAAUUUAGUGCGAAUGUGAAUUUUUUCACCCCUUUUUCCCACGCCUGUUCAUUCGCUGAAAAUUGGAAAAUGACUCGAGAUAAAUAUUUCACUUAUCUGUUUAAAAACAAGUAACUUUGGCUUAACGACAAACCAAUCUUUUGCUUCCUAAAAACUAAAGAAAUAGAGAAGAUGCACAAAGAAAAAUUCUUUAUUAAAUUCACAAAAAUACAAUAACGGCAUUUAACCCUUUGCACUCGGAUGUCUCUUCUCAAGCACCAUUCAAGACGAUGCAUCAUUUUGCGUUUUAUUUAUUUACUUUUAUUUUGAUUGUUAAAAGUACCUACAGGGUAAUAAGAUGGUGUAGAAAAUUUCCCUUAAAACAAUUAUAUAUAUUUAAUUUUCGGAUCUAUAAACAAUUCCUUAUAUUAGGUGAAUAAUUAUGCAUCGAAUUACUUUUCCCAGUGCAAAGGGUUCAUUUUAUUAACAAUUCACUUUAUCAGCAUGAUUGUUUUCAAUUAAAAUGUUUUAUUUAAUUUUUCCUGUGUAUUAAUCCAUCUGUGAUUUGUUCCCUUUCCUAUACAUAAUUGUGUACAGUAGACUCAUAUUGCCACCAAAUCUCCAUUCUGCUUCUUUGCAGUUUUAUGCAUCGGCUUAUACAUUCCAUGCCCAAACUUUUUGAAGUAUUACUUUUCUUUUUCUUUUUAACUUUUUGGCCUUGAUAAUUCUUCUACAAUCCAAUUUGAAAAUAGUUUCUUGUAAUGUUUCACGCAAUAAUCCAUAGAACAUUUGAGAUAUUUAUAGACAACUUGCCAUUUUUUUUAAAUCGAAUGUAGCAUCAGACUAAAAGGAAUGACCGUUGAUUUAUAAAUAUAUAAAAAAGAAUUUUCUUGGCUAUUUACAAAAGUUAUUGCCAUCGUCAAAAAUUUGAAGAAUCCACCUUAAAAUUGGAAACUUAAUAUUCACAAUAUGCACAAUUAUUUCAAUCAUUCAAAUCAUACACACUGUUUGAGCUCCGAAAAACAAAAGCUUUAAAAAUAAAGGAAAAACCCAGUAUUGAAGACUAAAUACAGAAAACAAUAUCAUUACAAAGCAUAAUUUUGAAGACUUGAUAAAGCCGUAAUAGUUAUGCGCUCAGACAGUUAAUUCAUAAACAAAUGUUAGCGUCUACAAAAGAUUUAAUUUUAAAUUUACUGUAAUACGACACGCGAAUCAUAUUUAGGCACCAAAGUUAAAGGAACUGAGACGUUUUCGACAUUUCGAAUUGCCGAAAUUUCGGUUGUAAAUAAAGGGGAUAUUUUCGCCAGUGAAAUUCUGAUAAAAAAAAUUCGGAUGUAUAAAAUGAAUAAUUUGUAUUAAUUAUUAAAAAGCAGAAUAAUAUUUAUUUCUUAAAUUUGGCUAAUCGAAUAUGUUCUGUGAUGCAAUAGUUUUCAAAUUUAUAACAACAAAUCGGUAGCCCCCUCCCCCCCUCAAAAAAAAUUCUGUAUAUAAUCACUCCAAAAUGACCAUAACAUAUAAACAUAUUUUUAAUAAUCGCAAUGAACUUAUUUUCAUUUAAAUAUGCUAAUAAUAAACAUUUAAAAAAAAAUGAAUGUUGUAUAACUUGAAAGUCUAAGAAACAUGUGACAUUUUGUGUGAUAAAUAGCCUCUACAGUUUAAAAAUAUUACGCAGAAAUAUAUAUAAAUAUUCAACAGAUUCAUAAUGUUUUUAAAUGUUGUUUCGUAUGAUUUUCAAGAGUAGAAUGAUUUAAUGGUUUUUAUACGUAUCGGAAUUUGAAAGAAAAAAAAAAACGUGUUAACGUGUUUCGAGAAAAAAAUUAAAAUGCUCUAAAUUUUCUAUCACAGGAGCUCUUGUUAGAUUCAUUGUUAAAGAAUACGUUAUAAACUUCCGCGUUUUCAAACCUAUACAUUUCAGUGAAAUACCCCUAAAAUUGAAAAAUCAAUUCUUUGAAGGUACAAAUGUUCCCAGUUCCCUUAAAGGGUUCAUAACAUAAUUAGAAUCUACUAAAUGGAACAAAGAACAAAAUUAGCGCCUAAAUUAUCGCAAUAAAAAAAACAAUAUACAAAUGACUCUUUUCAAAACAAUUUUUUACGAGCUGUUCUUUUCCAGUUAGAGAGCGAAUGUUUUAUUAACUAUCUACAGCAGGCCUUAUAAUAAUAACAUUCAAAUGAUAUAUCGUCAAUGCAGAAACACCGAGCAGUUUUGAAUGGACUGGAAGGUGACUAUUCAAACCGUGCUAAUUAAUAUAUUAUUCCAAUCUUUAUUGCACCGCUUAGCACACCCAGUUAGAAUACAAAGCUUGGGACAUGUGGAACUGGAACUAACCUAUGGUGAAUAGUCAUUAAAACGGCUUAAAUGGAUGGAUGGGGAAAAAAUGUAAUGGCGUAGAGACCAUCACCCCAUUGGCAUAGUGGGAAAUCACGGCGAAUAAAUAUCAUAACGAGUAAUGUUUUCCCACCAAGUCGGCUUUUCAUUUCUUCCCAUUCUCAGCUAUUUCAACAGAAUAUACUUUUUUUUUUUUUUUUUGGUAUGAUCUGCAUCAUUUACAGCUUGGGUCUACUGUGCACAAUUGGGGAGUUAAUUAUUGGAAUUACUAUGUAAUCUCGAUUAUCUGAGCUAAUCUUACUGAUAAUAUAGAUAAUAUCUAUGAUUCGAUUAUAUGAAAAUGAAGGAAGACAUUUUCUAGAGCGAAUAAGGAAUUCUUGGAAUUUGUUCUAAAAUUACUUUUUUUUCUUCAAUGGUUUCAUGUUCAUUACGAUGAACCGUAUGUUCUUGAUUCAUUUAAAGUUUAUUUGGCCAAAAUAUUAUUUUAAAGAAACGUCAUCUUGGAUUUCUUAAAAAUCUUGUUUUUACUCUUUGCACUCGAAUGGUGCCUGUUAGGCUCCAUUCAAGACGGUGCAUCAUUUUGACGCUUUGUUCAUUUUUCAAUUUUGAUUGUUAAAAAUAUCUACAGAAAGGUAAAAAAACGUAGA